AUGGACGAGGACUCCCAGCAGUGGCACGAAGCCAAGGUCUUGUUAGACGACUUAGUCAAGAAAGACGGUGCCGAGAGAGUCGUGAAUGCGCUGAAGGGCGUUCGAGGUACCGUGACAAUGCAGGAGGCAGUGUCGAAAUGGAGAGAGUUCAUGAGAGGCAUCUACAGGAACCCGGGUGAGGGACCAAAGAAGUGGGUCUCGAGGUUCGACAUUCAUCUCAGCAAGAUCGGCAAGGCCCUCCACGCGGUGCGCAAUGACAUUCCAGCGACGGGCUUCAUGCACGAAUUCAUCCUGGGGCUGAUCUUGCUAGAUGGUACGGGUCUGGAUCCAUCCGAGCAAGCGGCAGCGCUGGCGACAUCGGGUCCGAAGGGCAACUCGUACAUGUACCAGGACGUGAAGAAGGCGCUGGCAGAGCAAUGGUCCGAAGAGCAGUUGGCUGCCAGAGAUAAGCAAAAAGGGUACAAGUCGAGAAAAGGAGUGCACGCGAUCUUCGAGGACCUGGAGCAGAUAGGCGAGCUGACCGCGUACGCGGAGGAGAUCUACGACGAGGCUUACCAGGACGGCUUCGGAGAGGCCACCGACCUGACGGAGACGGCGAUGGCAGCCGCCGAGGAGCUCGUGACGGCGACGAUCGGUGACCCCUCGAUCGCAGAGGAGAAUCUUGGACAGGACGAAAGUCUAGCUGCGGCAGUCCUUCCCGGAGAAGAACGAGCUGACGAGUGGACGGAGACGGCAUGCGCCGCUUCUCGCACGUUCCUGGAGGCUCGGAAGCUCAUCAACGAGGUGAAGAACGCGAGGGGCUACUUCCCAGUGGUCGGACUGGGAGCGUACGAUGCCAUGGCGUUCAACAGCUUCGUGGGUGCUCUGGAGCACAUCGUGGAGUUCGACAACUUCGUGGGCACGUGCACCGAGGAGCAGAUCCUGGCGGAGGACGACGGCAACUUCGAGGACGGCACGUUCAUCGGCUUCAGCCUUGACGAGUGCAAGGGCUACGCACUUCUGGACGGCGGUGCGUCCAGGUCCGUAGGCGGUGUUGAGCAGCUGGAGUACCUGAACGAGCACUUGCAGCACCCGAUGGAGGUGAACCCGGGGGCGGGCCUGGGCUUCUCGUUCGCUGGUGGCGACCGGGCUGACGCUCCCUCGAAGGUCUCGUUUCAGGUCCACAACCUCGACAACCAGACAGUCGAGAUCUACGUGCUAGACCGCCCGUCCCCCAUCCUACUGGGAGUCGACAUGCUGAAGAAGUUUGGGCUAGUGAUCGACUACGAGCGGAACACUGUGUACUCCCGGAGGCUCAAGAAGGAGAUUCCCACGAGGGUGCUGGCGUCUGGCCACCUUGCCUUGGACUUGACGGCGCUGAGCGACACUGGCUCGGCCUCGUGUUGCGAAUACGGACAGCACCCUGGUCGCGACACGACGACUGUGGAAAAGACGUCAUCCAUCGUUGUCGCUACCAGGGGCCCAAAGGACGCUGAAGACCUUCCCAGAGAGCUCCAACAGCUACUCGAAAUAGGUAUCCGAAUAAGAUCAAAGUUCCCGAACUUGAGCACCCAGAUGAUGAAACCGAUUCUAGAACACCUCCUGAAGUACGCGAACUGGGUCGAGGGAGACAAGGGGACGAACGCACACGUGGAUCAGAUCAAGUGCAGGGACUGCGAAGAGAUCCUGUUCAAGUACAUCUUCGCGAAGCCGCAGGACGAGCAGCUCAGCCUCUGCACCAAGUCGCGCGAGCACUUCCAGCGCCGCCCGCUGCCGAGCAGACUGUCGUCGGAGGUCAUCAGGACGCUCUCGGACACAGAGGUGCAGAUGAUCAUCGAGAACGAGAGGAACGCGAUUCGACAGGAGGAGCAGACGCGCCUGGCCAAGGAGAUCAUCGAGAAGGGUCUCAUUCAGACUUCAGCCUCGUCAAAACCGGACGUCAAGAUCAAGGUGGAGGAGAUGAUCGAUGCGCCGAGGGCAAUGAAGCGGCAGGGCGUUCCAGAACCGAUGGUCAGCAAGAGUGCAUACGGAAUUCCAGUGCCCGAGGUGCUGAUGGAGAAAAGGCCACGGAAGGUCUGGUUCUCACCUCCUUGUGGAGCGGAGAGCCCUCUGCAGAACCUGAACCCCAUGACCGAAGAAGCGCAGAAGAAGCUGAUCAAAACUCGAAAGAUCCAGCGCAACAUGGCGUGGGCGAUCACACAACUUCGAGAGGCUGGAUUCUGUGACAUCUACCUGGAGCAGACAGGGAGAUGCAGAUCAUGGACAGGCAACUUCAAGAGCCUCAAGCAGGAGCUGCAUGGAUGCACUAUCCACGGGUGCAUGUACGAUAUGCGCGAUGAGACGGAAGACGUGCUGCUAAAGAAGGAGUGGUACAUAGCGACAACUGAUGAGAUGUUCGAGAAGGAGGUUGGACGUCGAUGUCAAGACCUACAUGUUCAUCUACCGAUCGAAGGAGGGACUCGUGUGGCGCUAACGGCGAACUAUCCCGUGAACAUGUGCAAGAAGAUAGCGAAGCACUUCAUGAAGAAGAUAACGUCCGACGAAGCCCUCUCGUAUCUGGUCAAGAAAGUCAAUGCGAAAGACGACGGGGGGAAGGAGAACCUGGACCUCAGGAACCAGCAGCGAGUGACGGACUACCUGAAGAUCAACGCUGGCUGGGCAACCUACGUCUACCGCUUCCCAACUUCGGACACUGCAGCUUGCACCCUGUGUGCAGACUACGGAAGUCGCUUCACUACGUGCCACGUACUCAACAAGGAGGAAAUGGAUAAGAACUGCGGCAACACCACAGCUAAGGAGAUGAAGGAGACGGUCCUGAAGAGCUGGAUCCAGCACUACGGCAAACCAGAAGUUCUGAGAUCAGAUCCUGAAGGUUGUUUUCGACAAGCGGAACAUCGCGCGUGGCUAUCAGGUCAUGGAAUUGAAUGGCGACCAGAACCUGGAGAAGCUCAUUGGCGCAUGGGCGUGGUCGAGAGGUGCAUAGAGACGAUCAAGGAGAUUGCGACUCGGAUGGCCUGGGAAGUUCCGGACGACAUCGAGCCGCAGGAGAUCUUCACGUGGGCAUGCGCCGCUAACAACGACCUGAUGAGGCACAACGGCUACAGUCCACUUAUGCUCCUCAUGGGUCGCACUCCGGCUGGACAUGGUCUACAAGAUGAGGAGAAUCCCUCCACUCUCAGCGCAGAGGUGAAGGAGGAUCAAUUUGAGAAGCUCGUGCUGAACAAGCGGACUGCGUAUAAAGCCUGUGUAGAACACUACCUGUCCGAGAAGACGAAAGACCAGAUGAAUGGCAUGACAUUCCCGAAGGUGAAGAUGGACCGGGAGGAGAUCAACACCGAGAACCACCUCGUGACCACGGAGAUCACCUCUUCUCUGAGGCAGGCGACGAACAUGGACCGGAUCACGAAGAUGAAGAUCUACCAGGAGAACCAGCAGAAGUUCCCGAAGAGCCAGGAGGAGGACAUGACCGACCUGCUGACAGACCUCAAACCGAAGUUCCCUGGGACAACGAGCCACCUCCAGAGGGUAUCAACAAGCGGGAAGCGAGUGUUGAACCUCCUGAUGACAGAGACCUGA